AUGGAGGCAAAGUACAAAACUCUUAAUUUAAAACGCGCUUCAAUUAGAGGCCGUGUUACGAAAUUUAAUAACCAUUUAGAAGAAUUAAAAGGUAAAAAGCUUACUCCUACGGAAGUUAGCGUGCUAUCGCAGCGAUUAGUUAAACUUGAGACUUUAUUUGGCGAAUUCGAUAGCGUGCAAAAUCAGAUUGAAGCAUUGGAGGAAAAUAAUUUAAGCUUAGAAUUGGAUACCAGAGAAGUUAUCGAACAAGCUUUCCACAAUUCGAUCGCAUUGGCUCAGGAAAUUAUUUCCGUAAGCAGUACGACAAAAAAGUCGUCGCUUCAGCAUAGCAGUAUUUACACAGCUGAUGAAGAUGAUCACGAAGUUAUCGGCUUUCGUUUACCAGUCAUUAAAAUUAAUAAGUUUGAUGGUACGUUCAACAAAUGGUUGGAAUUUCGUGAUACUUUCAGUUCUCUGAUACAUAAUAAUACAAAAAUAAAAAAUAUACACAAAUUUCAUUAUUUAAAUUCCUAUCUAGAAGGUGAAGCUGCUCGUGUAAUAUGUAAUUUAGAAGUUUGCGACAAUAAUUAUCCUGAGGCAUGGAGUCUUCUUUGUGAGCGUUUUAACAAUAUUCGUCAAUUAGUAAAUAAUCAUUUGAAGUCUUUGUUUAAUAUUGAGCCGUUGCGUGAGUCUGACAAGUCAUUAAGAUUUCUAGUAGACCACGUCACAAAAAACCUACGUGCUUUAAAUACUUUAAAACAGCCAACUGAUCAUUGGGAUACCCUGAUCAUAUUCAUAGUCUCAGCGAAAUUAGACAGCAACACGCGUGUUAAAUGGGAGGAGUACAUUCAAGCUAAUGUUAAUGCUUCGGAUAUGCCUAGCCUAGAUGAUUUCAUGACUUUUAUUAAGGGCCGCGCUGAAGUUUUAGAGUCUGUUUAUCGCAGUAAACAAGACAAAAAAAUAAAGUCAAACCCGAAUCACAAUCAAGGCGUCAAACAAAAUCUCGUUUCUCAUACUAAGUCAUUCGUUAGCGCUGAGCAGGGCGACUCAUCAGCAACUGCCCCUCACAAGUGUAUUUUCUGUGGUCAAGGUCAUCGUAAUUAUGAGUGCUCACAAUUUCAAUCGAAAUCUAUUGAUGAUAGACUUUCAUUAGUGUCCGAGCUAAAGUUGUGUCCCAACUGUUUGCGCAAAGGGCAUAAUACGCGCGCAUGCAAGCUUCCAGGUACGUGCAAGAUAUGCAAAAAACGUCACAACACCUUUUUACACAAACCUACGGAUUCUGAUACCAAUGUGGCAGUCACUAAUGUUGCAGUCUCUGAGCCAGUUUCAAUGUCAGCUGUUUCUGCUUCUGAGACACUACUAUGUACGGCUUUGGUUGAUAUUUUUAAUCCCAAAACAAUCAAUUACAUUACCACUAAAGCUCUCUUAGACAACGGUAGUCAGUCUAGCUUUAUUACAGAAUCACUUAAAUCAAAGUUAAAUUUAACUUCUUCCACGUCUGAUGUUAGGAAUGUGGUCGGCAUAUGUAACACUAUUGUCAAGCUUAAUGCUGAACGUUGCAAUGUUCGAAUUCAUUCAAAGGUAGGUUCUUUCAGCGUUAUGACGUCAUGUUUAGUCAUACCCCAAAUAUCAGGUAAGAUACCUAAGUCUCUUGUGUCUAUUACACACCUUAACAAACAGUUCGACAGGCUCACAGUUGUCAUCCAAUUCUAA